GAAUGCCACGUCAUUAUAUAAGGAAAUCUAAUCGUGGGAUGUCUUACACACAAGAAGAUGUACAGUCUGCAAUAGCGAGUAUAAGGGAGGGUAGAAGUACAUUAUAUGCGGCGGCAAGAACGUAUAAUAUCCCAACAUCCACUCUUUAUGACCGCUUACACAACAAGACUAGAGUAGCCAGCCAAACUUUGGGUAGACGAACAGUUAUCCCAUAUGAAGCGGAACAGAGGUUGGCAAAUGCAUUCAUAGUUUUAGAGAAAUGGGGCUUCCGUUUAUCCAGGAAAGAUGUAAUGCAGAUGGUGGGAGAAUUCGUUCAGCGUAGCAACAUAGAAACACCGUUCAAAAAUGGAAUACCUGGUGUCGAGUGGUGCUCCAACUUUCAACAACGACAUGGACUUUCAUUGAAAAAGGCCCAACCAGGGGACUAUUUAAAAAGGAGGAUGGCCGAUCCUUUCGUCAUCGCCGAAUAUUUCAAUUUACUAAAAGUCACUUUACGAAAGCUUCGCUUGAAAAAUUAUCCUCAUCGAAUUUGGAACUUAAGUGUAACUUCAGUAGCAUUGGAUUCAUCAAAGACGAAAGACAAGAAGGAAACCAUGGAAGGAAGAAGGAAGUCAUGUUCCCAAAAUAUUUAUGCUACUGGAGGUGAAAAUAUAACAGUUCUCACGACUGUAAAUGCCGAAGGAAAAUCUUUAACUCCUCUUAUUGUGUUUAAAGGCAAGUAUGUCUUGGAUAAGUGGAUGGCUGAAGAAAAGGAUGGAUAUGAUUUCGAGUUAGCUUAUGCUGCCAGUGGAAAAGGGCGCAUGGAAACAGAAGUUUUCUUGAAUUACAUAAAGAAAAUAGUCGUUCCUGGACUUGGAAGAGAGAGACCAGCGCUGUUUGUCUAUGAUGGCGAUACCACGAAUAUUGACGUUAAUGUUGUUGAAUUGGCAAAGAGCCACGACGUCACAAUUCUCAAACUACCCCCAUACACCACCCAUUUACUACAACCUCUUCACUGCGCAGCAUUCAAGUCUCUCAAAUCGAAAUGGGAUGCCGAAUUGCUCAAAUGGCAAUAUGAUAUCGAUGAAAAUAUUCCCAAAAAAGAGUUCUCUGAGCUGUUUGCUGAAAUAUGGAGUAAAAUCAAACCUGAAAUAAUAGUCAAUGGUUUCAACGCAACGGGGAUAUUCCCUUUCAAUUCCGAUGCAGUAUCUAAAGACAAUUUUGACCCAAAAGCAUACAAGCGAUGGUUGGAAAGUAAAUCUCAAAAUGAAGAUCAAAUGCUCGAUAACCCUGACAGCCUAUAUAACCUUUGUGUCAAUAUCGUCAACACUUGCUUGCAUACACCAGCAGUCGAACCUAUUGAAUUAACACCGAAAUUAUCAGACGCGACUACUUUGAAUAUUGUAAUUGAGAGUGAGAAAUCAAAUCUGUCAUCCGGAGUUAAAUGCGAGAAUGAUUUACCAGAAGGCCUGCAGUCAAAUAUUUGCGUGUCUCCAUCGACGCCGGUACCUUUUGCAUCGUUUCAAUCAUCUGGCUCUCAUCCAUUACCACAAACGGACCCGGCGUACUACUCAAUAAGAAAAGACGCUUCGGGAAAAUUCUACAAGUCUACUCCGGGUAGAGUCAAGAAUCAGAAGAAAAAACAGCUACCUAAUGACAUGGCCAAUUACAUGCAAUACAGAAUACAAGGCAUAAAGAAGAUUCGUAUGAACGAGGGUUGCUUGCCCUCGAGGUUUACCUGCCAACCAGAUAGACGGAGAACUGCUCAAAAGUCAAAUUCAAAAUCAAAAUCAUUUAUUCAAAAUUAUAUACAAAUUAAAGAAGAAAUUAAAGACACACCGACUCCUAUUGAAAAUUCCUCUGCAUCACAGGGGAAAUCUAUCCAAGUCAAACAUCCGACCCCCGCCUCGGCCGCCUCGUCACACUCCUCCACAGACGAAGCGGACAGCGACAGCGAUGGCCUCAUAGAAGAUCCAUCCGACAUCUCCGAUUUUUUGGUGUUCAACCAAGCUGCCGCCGCAAGGGCAGCGGACCAGCCGUCCACUUCCGCUGAAGAGUUGCAGUACCAGACCUCUAGGUUCUCUAUGGUCAGCGGAAACGAUGGAAACCAGAGCACAUUAGAAGAGAUUAUAAUAAAGGAAGAAAUAACUGAUGAAGAGAAGAACCAGUGUCGUCUCUGCUUGAGCGUUGGCAGAAGAAUGCAGGAGUUGGCAGAAUAUGCGCCCCUAUAUAGGAAACUGUUGUUCGAGAGCAACUACCAGAACACCACAAUACCAAGCUUCAUGUACCAGAUGAUGGCGUGUUGGGAGUGCCACGCCGAGCUGCGCAAAAUCAAACGUUUCCAGGACAAAGUGCGAAGAGCUAAUGCUGCGUUUGAAACUAGUCAGAAUCAAAAAGGAGAGAACCUAUCCAAUCUAUCUACAAUAUUAAUAAUGGGCGAACAAAAGCACCGUGAUAGAACUGAGCUACCAAGCAGCGUAGAAGAAUGUGCUCAGGGCAUCAAAGAAGAAGCCGUCGAAAUAGAAGUAGAAGAAACCCCCUUACCUGAUCCUCUAGAAGUUGGCCAAGAGAAAUCCCAACAGGAAUUAGAAAUCAGCGUACCUACAAAGAAAGUAGCCAAACGUACAAUUCCAGAACCAAAAACUACACAGAACGUACAAAAACGAGCAAAAGUGGACCAAAGCACAGCACAGUCUGGACCAAAGCGAGCAAAAUUGGACCAAAGUGGCCCAAAACCCGCCCAAGAAGAAGAAAAUGAACCAAAAUCUACUCCAGAAUCCGAAGUUGAUGCAAUUUUCGGAAAAGUGAAGAUAGAAAUAGAUGAAUUGCAAAAGAUAUUAGAAGAAAGGCGUAACAAAGAAUCGUUUAAGAGUAUGAAGUUCAAAUGUGACUCUUGCGUCCUUGGUUUUACGGAUCACAAUCGGUUGCUGGAGCACAAUAAGAAUUUUCAUGACAACGAGGUCGGCAGUUGCCAAUGCGACAUAUGCGAGCGACGAUUUGAUGACGAGAACCUACUAUCGGCGCACUAUCGGAACCACUUCGUCAAAUUCGUGUGCAAACUGUGCAACUUCGAGUGUUACACCAAAACCGGGCGAGCCAUUCACUUCAAGAGGCACAAGGGAACGUUGCAGGGGACCAGUCUCGAGUCUUUGUUGAAGCAAAAACGAACUUUUGGUCAGCGAGCAUCAGCGAGCGGAAGCUCGCACGAGACCAGCACGUGAGCCGCGCCGCUCGCCGAGCAUGUUCGCGAACAUUCCUAGAACUUUUACUAACUUUUUUGUUAGUGUAA